AUGCCUACUCUCUCUAAAACGAGCAAGGGUUCGUAUCCUCGAUGGUCUGGACCCUUGGUCACAAACCAGUUACCAUGGACUAAUAGAACAACUGAAUUGGACACCCUACCGAGCAUUCUAGAGGAAGAUCUUACAUUAUGUAAACGAAAAAAAGCUAUAGCAAUCGGUUUUAUCCUGUGUGUACUACUUGGCCUUGCUAUAGGAGUACCUUUUAUAGUGGAAACGAUAAACUUAACAACGACGAGUACAACAAGUUCUACGGGUACCACUAGUACUACAAGCACUACGAGCAGCUCAAGUAGUACUAGCAGUACAAGUAGCACUAGCACGACAAGUAUUUUAUGUUUAAAUGGAGGUACUCCACUUUGGAAUGGUACAUGUGCAUGUAACAAUUAUACCACGGGUACUCAUUGUGAAACGCCACUUUGCCUUGUCGCUGGCUCCCUAUCCGCGACCUGCUCAAACAACGGUACCUGUAGCUACAAUUCAUUAACCAAUACAGGUAGCUGUUCAUGUCCAUCUAGCUCUUGGACAGGAAGUUAUUGUCAGACUCCAUUAUGUCCCAACUGUAAUAAUAACUGUGGUUAUGGUUAUUGUAAUUCACCGUCAAGUUGUUAUUGUAAUAGUGGUUAUCAAGGAACAUGCUGUAACACGACUAUUACAAGUGGUAAAUGUUUAUCUCUUGAACCAGCGAACACAACAUCCUGGGGCAAUGGAUUCAACAAUACUUUCUAUGGUAACGAACACGAUGUGGCUAAUGUCUCCUGUGCGAGUGGGAAAACUCUGAAAGUUGCAGCAUGUUUCUAUGGUAUUAACAGUGCCAAUCCAGGAUGCCAACCACCUACAGCCUCGGCAACCUGUUCUUCUAUGGAUGUAACUUCGAAAUGUGCUAGUCAGUGCAACUCAAAUUCUUGUAAUUUUGCAGUUGAAAAUACCGUUUUCGGUGAUACAUGCUAUGGUCUAGUAAAAACCUUUUGGAUGUACUAUACCUGCUCAUAG